AAACUGACGUUUAGCAAUGCAAACAUGGCGUCGUAAAAUUGGUGAAGUAUCGGUGAUUCUAGUAAGUUUUUCGUGUUUUUGGAUGUUUCAAAAUUGUUCUGUGUGUGAUCUAAAUGUUUCUAAUCAUACAUGAAUCAAUGUAUAACAAAGAUAUGUCAAAAAUUUGAUUAGAUUGGUUAUGAAAAUCUAUUAUAUUUAUUUGCAAAUCAGGGGAAGUCUAGUUUGACAAGACGAAAAAGAAGAAAGCGAAAAUUGGUAUAAAAUAAAGAGCACAAGAAUAGUGUUUGACAGACAAAGCGACGACAAAAAAAAACAAAGACGACGGCAUCGACGUCAACGUCGGCAGAAUGAGCAGGUGUCGCUGGCAGUGACUGAGGACGUGGGCUACUGAAGAACUACUAAACUUUUCUCUUUGUAAACAAAAGCAGGAAUGAGCAUUUCAUGGUUUUUCGUAACAAUUGCGUAAAUUAAUUACUGCAUAUUUUGCAUACCUCACGAGCUCAGAAAAAGCUUUCAAGCGCAUAGAAAUAGGAACAGACAUUUUAAUUAAAAGCUACGUACAUAUUUAAAUAACUAUUUGUGAGGCGAAACAUUUAACGCUAAGAAAACCUCAAUUCGCAUGAGUUUUUACUAAUUAAAACACAUGCCCAUGGCAACGAGUUCAUCUGCGGCAGCUGCAUCGGCGACAGCUGUCACUGCUCCAUCGUCGUCCAUUAGUACACUUAGCGGUAGCAGUAGUAGUGGAGGUAGUGGUGCACCAUUAAUUAAUGCAAAUGCAGCGCAAUUUCGAGAAAUACACAAGAACACUUGGCUUAAAAGACUGACUGCUGAAGGCAAAAAAAUCACAGUGGGCCCUAAGAAAUCUGAUCGCAGUUGGGUUGUUUUCUGUGUACACGAUGAUACCGACGCGCUUUUGGAGGGAUACGCAGAGCCUCGCCAAGCUGCUUCCCAUAAUCCCGAAUGGAUUGUUUCGAUGCAGGACACAUUGCACAUCUCACAUGCGCUCAUUCCCAAUUCGCACGAAUUCGAAUUUGUCGUCACGCUUGCUAAUGAAGUGAUACGCUUCCAUGCAAUGUCAUGGGAAAUUAUGCAAGAAUGGGUAGAUACGCUGCGUUCCAAAUUACGAGAGAUGAAAAUUCUGUCGCCACGUGAGAAUCUCUAUACAAAGCUACCUGAAAUACGUGCGCCACUCUUACCAACUCGUGAUCCAACAUCACCAUUGCCAGCACCCCCACCGGUGCCAGCUGCCAUUGUGCCAGGAGUGGAACGCGUUGUGCCGCCAAGCUUGGCGCAAGAUAAUUCUACUAGCGAAAGACGAAAUUCAAAUACUGCAGCCACAACUUCAACAAUAACACCAUCAGUGACUACAUCAGCAACAUCCUCCCUAAGCAGUGAUGUAAAUAGAGUAAAUGCCCCAAGCAAUGCUGGGACGACUGUUGCAAAUACAAGCACUGGCAGCAGUACCUCUACGACUAAUGCGUCAGCAAUUUCAACUCAUACGACUGUAUUACCAGCACUAACUUCCAUGUCGAACACACUUACACAAAAUCUGCUAAACAUGCUCUCAGAUCCUAUAAGCGCCUAUAGUGAACAAAUAAAUGAAGUUUCACACAUGGAUGAUUCGAGCACUGUUGGCGAUCCACAGGACUUGCAUUACGACGACGAGUUUCAAUCACUCAUCUUGAGAAAACAACUGCAACAAUAUGAUCCUGUAGGGCCAACAACAAGUACCGACAACAGUAUUCGUGUGGAUAUUGGACAGCGUACUUCAGCUGAAUCAAUUAAGAACUGGGAAUGUUUGAUGCAGCCCGAUUGUUCCUUGUCUACAAGGCUUCAAACGUCUCGUUCCUUAUCCGCCGGCGCUGCAGAUUCGUCACGAAAACAUACCGCAAAAUCAUCAGGAACUCAUAAUGUUUCUACCACCUCUAGUAAUGAUAAUAUUACAGCACUAGAGAUUAGCACAGAUCCUCAAGUUGAACCAUGGCAAAAUACUUCAUUUUCGUCAACUAAUAAUGAUUCAAUUGAGCAGCUAGACUUAGAUAAAAUGAACAUCACCAUCAUACAGGUAUCGACCAACGAUAACGAUUCGAAUGAACUUGCAAAACCGAACGAAACGAAAACCAGUGCGAAAAUGUCCAGUAAACGAGUGACAGGAGAAAUUUUCAAGUUCCCUGAAACGACACAGCCUGAGUACAAAAGUAAUGUACAAAUUAUUCCGUCCACUAAAGCAAAUAGUAGUACAAUUCAAGUAGUUGGCACUACAACUAUUAAUGCUACAACCACUACCACAACAACCCAAUAUGCGACACCAGCAAAAAAGAAUAUCCAGGGCAUUACUGCAUCAACAACAGGUACAACCGCGGAGGAGCUUAAGAUAACAACAGUACAUGUAACUGGAAAUACGCCAGCAGUAACGGCAAGUGACAAUACUGUGUCCUUAUAUGGCACUUGCUACACAACAGAGUCGAAUGCAUCUCAUUCACAGGCAGCUGUUGUUGGAGGUACACCAAAAAUGAUGAAAAAAAUCAUAUUGUCGGCCAAUACCUCUGGUAUAACAAAUAUAACAGUGAAUAAUACUAGUGUGUUGACAAAAUCGGAAAAUCGCGCCACAGCUGAAGAUGCAACAAUCAAACACAAUAUAGGUUCGGUGCAUUAUGAAAAGGUUUUUCUAUCGACUAGCGUUCCGCCGACACAGGAAAUGGCAACAAACGCUACAGUCGUAAGCACAGCGAUGUGUACAACGUCGAUACUCUCCCCUACUGUGAUUAGUGAUCUGCCGGCUCACACACGUACAGUUGAGGUCUUGCCCAAUUCAGUUGGAAACCCAUUGAACGAUGGCCCUUCCAAGCCUUCUUCCCCUAAACCGGUAGCCGAUGGACAAAAGCAAAACAAAUACACAACAUCAACGCAUACAGUUAGCCCUUCAACUACUACUAGCGAGGAAAUGCCAUCGCUGCCGCCAAAAAGUCGACACAAAACAAUCCAGUCUCCUCUAAUGACGCGAGCUCAUCCGCCUAACGGCAGUCCGGCAUCAGAUAGGCGUCGCAUAGCAACACCUACAAAUAUACUGACUCGUACAGUCACGUCCUCACCACCACCGCCGUCACAUCUAAUUGUUGCAGCUACGACGCAGCACAACGCUCCUACUAUCACCACGAACACAACAUCUAUGGCGCAUCCCUUGCCAACUCGUAGUCACCUACUAACGCGCGGUCUUACAGAAGCUGUGAUAACGACUCGACCGAGUCGCAGAGAUUUUCAUUUACUUAAAACUGUUGUAGGAAAAGGCAAGUCUGCAGCUGGGAGUGGUAAUAAAAGUAACUUGACAGCGACAUUUAAUAACAAUGGCGACAGCACAUCAGCAGCAACCGCCAGUGGCAGCUCAAAUGUGCCACAAUCCGGUCGUAAUCGUAAUUGUGAUUUGCUGGAACAACGUCGACGUAGCUCUUCCACUUCGGAUGCACGCACAGGCGUGGCACGUGGCGCCAAUAACAAUGAACUUCCUGGUGGGCGUAAUAUAGCGCUACGAUUUCAACAGCCGCCCCAACCAUUUCGCAGCGUAGAGAAUGGGAUAAUAAAUGGUGGUGGUGGAGGCGGCUGUGGACCUGGUAGCAACGUGGGUAUAUCGUCUCCGAUGCCUCCACACAGCGGUGCUACUAAUUCACCAGCGAAUAAACGCAUGACAUUGCGCGAACACCAAGUCAUGCAACUACGACGUGAAAUUAUGCACCCGGGCGGUGUGCGACUGCAGCUGCGUCGAAAAGACUGCGUUGGUUCCAUUGCUUGGGUAGAUGCAUUUGGUGCUGUAUGGGUAGCAGGUUGGAAGCAAAAGGAACAUCCGGUGCUCUAUAAUGCAUUACAUGUUGGGGAUCAACUUCUCUCUAUAGCCGGUACAGCGGUAACUACUGCGAGUGAGGCAAAUAAAAUUAUUCGCAACACUAACACGCUUUUCGUCGAGGUGCUCGUACGUCGUAUACCAUUCGGUCGCGGCUACGCUAUACGACGAGAACGUGAGGGUCAGUGUUUGGGUCUAAUACGGGAUGGUAAUUCAGCGACCAUUGUCGAUGUAGUGCCAAAUAGCUUAGCUGCACGGCACGGACUGCCGCCUAAGGCACAAUCUUGUGAUGGUACAACACUUACAUUUUGGGUACUUACGGAAAUCAAUGGACGUCCUUUGAAUUUGUACUUCAAAGAAAAUGAGAUACGUGAUCGCCUUAACUCGGUGGGUCGUGAUAUUUCCAUACUGGUGCAACCUUCUGACUUAAUAACAAAAUUGAAAAAGCAAUUAAAAUCGUUACGUGGCUACAAGGACUAUCUGGUACAAUAAGGCAAUACAGCAUCGUGAGUAUAGGCAGCACACCAGAUUCGCUCAAAACAUUCCAUUAACCAAAAAGAGUUAGAAUAUUUAGCAAAAAAAAAUUUAGGAAAUUCAAAGUUAAGACAAAAUAACAAAACCAUUUUGUUUGCUACAAAAGUCGGUUGUAACAAUUUUGAACGCGAAAAAAUUUACUAUUUGGACUUAAAUAUUUUUCCUGCACAUACACACAUAAGUAAGUAUUCAAAGUUUAAUAUACAUAUUUAUUAGUAUAUUCAACACCAUAGGUACCCUCAUUUAACUUCAAAAGUAACUAGAGUAAGAAAAGAAAAGUCGGUUUGCAGAAAUAUAGUGAAGCAAUCAUAUACUGGAAUUGUAUGCCGUUCAUUAUCAUAAGUGAAAGUUGAAAAAAAUAAUAACCACACACACACACAUUUAUAAGAAUAAACAUUCCAUUUACACGACAAUUUUAUGCAAAUUAUUGAGGCGAGUCAGUUUAGCCAUUAACUAGAUAUAAAAAGUGAUAGUGGGAAAUGUUCAUAUAUCUACUAUAACUACAUGCAUACGUACACUUAUACAUAGGUAUUUUUGUAACUUCAUAAUCUCUUAAAAAUCAAAUGCAUACUAACUAGAUCUGAAUUUAUGUAUAAGAAAUUUUUGAAACACUUAACUAUGAUUAAAUGAAAAAAAA